CCGACCCUGACCUGCUCCAGCUUCCCCGCCGCCGCCACCAAGACCUACCUCCUCCUCCUCCUCCUCCCCCUUCUCCGCCGUCGCCGCCGGGGACGGCUUCCUCUGCGCCAUCUCCCUCUCCGACUCCGUCGACACCAUGCGCUGGUGGUCCUUCUCCGGGCCGGACCGCGGCACAACCGGGAAGCGCGUCUACCGCGGGCCCCCGCUCCGCGCCCUCUCCGCCGGCGACUCCCACGUCUGCGGCAUCGUCCUCGGCGCCCCCGCCUGCUGGCGCUGGCCGGACCUCCGCGUCCCCCCGCGCCUCUCCUUCACCCACGUCGCCGUCGGCACGGACUUCCUCUGCGGCAUCCUCCGCGCCGACGCCUCCAUCCGCUGCUUCGGGACCGACUUCGCCGUCGUCGCCAACGCCCCCCCCGGCCGCUUCGGCGCCCUCGCCGCGGGCGCGCGCCACGCGUGCGCGGUCGCCCUGCGGCCCGGCCGCCUCGCCUGCUGGGGCGCGGGCGCGCCGCCCGACCUCCCCGACGACGACGACGACGACGACGACCCCCCAGCCGACAUCGCCGCCCUCGCGCUCGGCGACGACCGCACGUGCGCCCUCGCCGAGAGCGGCGCCGUGCGCUGCUGGGGCGGCGUGCUCCUGGCCAACUACUCGGCGGUGUGCUGGGGCGGGCUCUUCGGGCCGGGCGGGCGCGUCGUCUUCGACCGCGUCGCGCCGGGGCCGUGCGCGCCCCAGCGCGCGUGCGCCUGCGGCGUCCUGGCCGGCUCCGGCGACCUCUGCGGCGGCGGCGGGGACGCGAUUUGCCGGCCCUGCAGGAUCGCCGAGGGCUCGGCUAGCCCGGGAGGGGGCGGCUUGAGCGGGGAGAGGAGGAAGCACGCCGCGUUCGCGAUCGCCGGGUUCGUGGGGAUCGGCGCCGCCGCCGCCGCCUUGGUCGGCGCGGCGGCCUACGGGGCUUUCUUCGGGACCUGCGACCGGCGCGUACACGACGCGGCGCGGACGGGGGAGCGGCGGCGGCGGCGGAGUCGCGGCGACCGGCUCGAGGCGGAGCCGGCCGGGAAGGGGGAGUACGGGUGCGAGGAGUUCGAGAUAGAGGCGCUGGAGCGCGCGACGGAGGGGUUCGCGGCGGCGCGGCGCAUCGGCGCGGGGAGCUUCGGCGCGGUGUACCGCGCGGCCCUCCCCGACGGGCGCGAGGUGGCGGUCAAGCGCGCCGAGGACGGGGGAUCGACUUCGGCGGCGGCGGCGGCGGCGGGGCCGCCACCGCCCCCCCCGCGCCGGAGCCGGAGCCGGAGCCGGUGGGGGGAGUCGGAGCGCGCGUUCCGGGCCGAGCUGGGGCUCCUGGCGCGGCUGAGCCACCGCAACGUGGCGCGGCUCCUCGGCUACAGCCGCGGGCGCGGCGAGCGCGUGCUCGUCUUCGAGUACAUGCCCAACGGCUCCCUCCACGACCACCUCCACGGCGCCGCCGCGUCCCCGCCCUCGCCGAUAUACUCGUCGUGGGCGGCGCGGCUCCGCACGGCGCUCGGCGCGGCGCGGGGCCUGGAGUACCUGCACUCCUACGCCGUCCCCGCGGUGGUCCACCGCGACGUGAAGUCCUCGAACAUACUGCUGGACACGGAUUGGACGGCGAAGAUCUCCGACUUCGGGCUCUCCGUGCCGAUGAUCGGCGGCGUUGCCUCCGCUGCGGCGGGGACGGUGGGCUACAUGGACCCGGAGUACUACCGGAUGCAGCGGCUCACGGAGAGGAGCGACGUCUACAGCUUCGGAGUUGUGCUGCUGGAGCUGAUCACUGGGAGGAAGGCGAUACACCGAGAAUGUGGCGGCGGUGGCGGCGGUGGAGGGGAAGAGGUAGAGACGACGAUGGGGUCGCCACGGAACGUGGUGGAGAUGGCGGUGCCGGCGAUAGAGGCGGGGGGGGGGGAGGUGGUGGCCGGCAGGGUGGGGCCGCCGAGCCCGAACGGAGCGGAGCGUGUGAGAGACGAGUUCGGCCGAAAGCGCUCAUCCCGAGCCGGCGCCGAGUGCGUGAGGGCGAGGGCAGCGGGAGCGACGAUGACGGUUAGUGGUUGCGGAGCUCGAGCGUGCCGCGCUUGUGCCAGGCCGAGGCGAAGGCUCGGUAGGGAAAAAAGCCGGCGAUGGCGGAGGAUGAGGGAUCAGAGUUCGUCGGACAUCUCUCUACGCACGUGUAAGCAAUUCCUGUGUGCAUAA